AUGCUUUUAUUGCACAACCUUUACCUUGGUCGCUCAUCGGUUCGCAGUGGUCACCUAUUCCUGACUCCUUCAGAUCACUACAGAGUUCCCUUGGUUAUGCCAUUGAUCGAUCACCAAAGGUACAUCCCCGCACAGCAACAUCAGUCUGGUAGUGAAUACGGAAGUCAGGUAGGCUAUCGAGCCGCUGACUCUGAUGCAGCAUCCGAUUUUGGAAAAAUCAGCGUGCAGGACAGAUAUGGAACCUUACGAUUACAUCAGUCACAAGUUCCACGCGCCUCUAUGGUUGAUGGGGGAAGCGUACCUUAG